AUGGCUUUACCGGUUCAAGGCAGAACUGCCAUCGUUACUGGUGCAGGCUCCGGCAUCAACCUUGCAUUCGCCAAGUUACUGUUACAAAAUGGUUGCAACGUCUUGAUCGCGGAUUUGGGCUUACGCCCCGAAGCUCAAGUGCUUGUGGAAAAGUACCAGGCUGGUCCUGUGAGAGCCAUAUUCCAAAAGACCGAUGUGACAGACUGGCCGCAGUUGGAGCGGAUGUUUGAAGUUGCGGAGAAGGAGUUCAAUGAGAUCGAUAUCGUCUGUCCCGGUGCGGGAGUCUACGAACCACACUGGAGUAACUUCUGGCGUCCUCCUGGUAGUCCCCCCAGCAAGGACUCCGGCGGUCGCUAUGCCUUGGUGGAUAUCAAUAUCACACACCCCAUCCGCACGACACAGCUGGCAAUUGCGCAUUUCCUACGACAUCGUGAGAACGGUCGUCCCAAGCACAUCGUCCAUAUCUCUAGUAUUGCUGGGCAAAAUUCUGCCUUUGCAGCCCCGAUCUAUGUGGCCACGAAACACGCCAUCAACGGCCUGGUGCGAUCACUUGGUAAACUCGAGCGCCUGGGCAUCCGUGUCACCGCUGUGGCGCCGGGAGUUAUCAAGACUCCUCUCUGGACAGAUCAUCCAGAGAAGCUGAAAAUGGUGUUGGAUAGUUCCGACGAGUGGGUGACCCCCGAGGAGGUUGGUGAGGUGAUGCUGGCCCUCGUGCAGCAGGAGCAAGUAAGUGAGGUCAUUGGCGAUCGGUCUGGAAAGGGCAAGCAGUUCACUGUGUCUGGAGGCAAUAUCUAUGAGGUCUCCAAGACGGUUCGACUAGUUAAUGCAUUCAAUGAUGAGGGGCCCGGCAAUCGGCCGGGAAACACUGCGUCCGACCACGCAACAGUGGAAGAGGAGAGUUUCGGACUUCUGGCGCAACCAGGAUGGGGACGAUCCAAGCUCGACGACCUUUUCCUAACGAUGGAGGCGGACGUGGGGGUUGGCCCUUCUGGGUCUUCCCAGAGUGGCCUUCGACGACGUCCGAAUCGAGGAAAACGUGAGACGGGUAUCGCUGGCGACGCCAGCUGGUCGAGCAGUGUCAUCAAUCUUGUCAAUACUAUUAUCGGUGCCGGACAGGCUUCGGUCUCUAUCUACAAUCGCGAUGCGCUCAAUACCUCGACCGCGGAAGCGCCUCUUUUCUUCGCCCUGUCGCAAUUGACAUACCCCAAUGCUGCCGUUGUCUUUGAUGCCGCAAUUGCCAUCAAAUGCUUUGGGGUCGGUGUGAGCUAUCUCAUUAUUAUCGGCGACCUGAUGCCGGGCGUCGUCAACGGCAUCGUGGGAGGUGACCCGGCCUUUGACUUCCUCGUGGAUCGUCAUUUCUGGGUAACCGCCUUCAUGUUGAUCGUGAUCCCCCUUUCAUACCUUCGUCGGCUCGACUCAUUGAAAUAUACGAGUAUUGCGGCCUUGGUGUCAAUGGCCUAUUUGGUUGUUUUGGUCGUAUAUCACUUCAUCAAAGGAGAUACAAUGGCAGAUCGUGGCCCUAUCCGUGUAAUCCACUGGGCAGGUCCAGUACCAACAUUGAGCAGUUUCCCAGUGAUCGUAUUUGCGUUCACCUGCCAUCAGAAUAUGUUUUCAAUCCUUAACGAAAUCAAGAACAACAGUCAUUUCCGCACGACAAGCGUCGUAUUUGCCAGUAUUGGCGGCGCGGCGGGCACCUACAUUCUCGUCGCCAUCACCGGCUAUCUCUCUUUUGGAAACAACGUGGCAGGCAACAUUGUCGGCAUGUAUCCACCAGGUGUCGCAGCAACGAUUGCACGUGCUGCCAUCGUAAUGCUGGUUGUCUUCUCUUAUCCACUCCAGUGUCACCCUUGCCGGGCGUCAGUGGACGCUGUUUUGAAAUGGCGCCCCAAAUCAGUGCCUCGGUCGGCAGAGGGCUCACCACACCGACACCCAUUGCUAGGUCCACGUGGUACUCGAACUGUUGAGCCGAUGAGUGACUUGCGCUUCUCAGUCAUUACCACCACCAUUCUUAUCAUGAGCUACCUCGUCGCUAUGACUGUGUCCUCCUUGGAAGCAGUGCUAGCCUACGUUGGAAGUACCGGAAGCACAAGCAUCAGUUUCAUCCUGCCAGGUCUUUUCUAUUACAAGAUCUCCUCUCCUGAUUCUCCCGCCCAUCGUGGCCUUCUCAAGGACGACGAGGCAGCUGACGACCUAUCUGAUGAAGAGACCCCCGACGAUGAAGGCGAGGGCUCUCUUAAUCAGUCAUUGACAGAUAGUGGCUUCUUGCCUCGACCUGCUCGUCACUGGCGCAAAACAAUCCUGCGCCGUCUCAGCCUGGCCCUUGCUCUAUAUGGUGUCGUGGUCAUGGUCGUGUGCUUCAUCACCAAUACAUUCUUCAUUGCAUCACCUUGA